AUGCCUGCACCUUCUUGGGACGAUGGCGCCACCCAGGAAGCCGGUAAUUCUGGAGGCACUGUUUGGGGUUCUGGGCCUCAAACCGGGCCCACGGGAAUGAAUGAUCCUUCUGGUGAUCUAUCUGGUGAUCUAUCUGGUGAGAACGCCGCCGGAGAGCAUGGAUUCGACGUUGGGGUCAAGCCAGAGCUAUUCCCCGGCUUCGAACCUGAGCGUCAGAAGAUCAAGGAUGCCGGUUGGGUCGAAGGAAAGGCUUACAACUACGAGGCCUACUCCGAGGGCCCGAACACCGUGCGAGACUGGGCCGGAAAUGCGAGAGUUUACGAGUGGAGUGGUGAAGAAGGAGACGUUGGCCCAGAAUCUAAAGAUCUUGAGCUUGAGCUUUUUGGAGACCCCGAGAAGCGAUCUGGAUCCGGAAUCGACUUUUCCACGCUCACAGAGAUCAAUGUGCGACAGGAGGGAGAGACUCGCAUCUCUCCUAUUGAAAACUUUGACCAUGCAGGGCUUCACCCGGCCAUGCGCCGCAACGUUCAGCUGGCCGGGUACAACGUUCCCACGCCCAUUCAGAUGUACUGUAUCCCUGCCAUCGUGCAAGGGUUUGACGUCAUGGGAAUUGCUCAGACCGGCUCGGGAAAGACUGCAGCCUACCUCAUCCCGAUUCUGAACAACCUCAUGGGAAAGGCCAAAAAGCUUGCUGCUCCGCGACCCAACCCUGCUACGUACCGGCAUGGCUUCGACCCGAUCGCGCGUGCAGAGCCUCUUGUUGUCAUUGUUUCUCCCAGCCGUGAGCUCGGGAUUCAAAUUUUCAACGAGGCCCGCAAGUUCUGCUACCGCACCAUGCUCCGACCACUAAUUGAUGUCAUGAAUCGCCCGAUGAACCUCUCGUUCCGUCGUGUCAGAUACAUGGUUCUCGAUGAGGCUGAUGAGAUGCUUCACGACGAUUGGGGUGAAGAUCUGGCGAAGAUCCUAUCUGGUGGCGACUCGGAAGAUGCAAACAUCAACUACAUGAUGUUUUCAGCUACAUUCCCAAAGCCUCUUCGGGACCUUGCCAAAGAGUAUCUGGCCAAUGAUCACAUCCACUUCCGUGUUGGCCGGGCUGGCAGCAGCCAUGGCAACAUCCAGCAGGUUAUUUCGUACACAGAUCCCGCAAACAAGCGAAAGGCCGUGGUUGAGCUUCUCAACUCCAUCCCGCCCGGGCGUACCAUAAUUUUUGUCAACCGAAAGCAGAUGGCUGAUGAACUGGACGAUCUUCUGUACAACCUCGGCCUCCCGUGCACUUCGAUUCACGCUGGACGUACGCAGAUGGAACGAGAAGAUGCCAUGAGGGCUUUCCGCAGUGGAGAGUGUCCGAUUCUGAUCGCCACCGGCGUUGCCGCUCGUGGCAUUGACGUCCACAAUGUCAACCACGUCAUCAACUAUGACCUCCCGAGCUGUGACCAUGGUGGCAUUGAAGAAUACGUUCACCGAAUUGGACGUACGGGUCGCAUUGGCCACCGCGGCCUUGCUACGUCAUUUUACACGGACCGCGAUGAGCCUAUUGCCAGCGUUCUAACUCGCACUCUUCUUGAGACCAAGCAGACAAUUCCCGACUUCUUGGAGCAGUAUGUGCCCGAGGGCGAGGCACGCGAAAACCUAAAGUUCGAGGCAGAUUCGGACUAUGAGGGCUCACAAACUGGAGGUGGAGAUGAGAAUGGGGGCGGCGAUGCCUGGGGAGAUAAUGGCGAUACAGGUAAUUCUGGCGAUGCCUGGGGUGGCAAUGGUGACACCGGCAAUGCUGUCGAUGCUGGCAAUGCUGGCAAUGCUAGCAAUGCCUGGGGCAGCAAUGACAAUACCAGCAUCGCAACUGGAGGCAAUGGGAAUACCAAUAAUUCUGGCAAUAGUGCCUAUGGCGGCAAAUCUGGCCAGGACAACAAUGCCUGGGGAGGCGUCAACGUUGGUCAGGGCAAUUCGUGGGGAGGUGGUGGAGGGGGUACAUCGGAAGAUGGUGACUAA